UGAUUCGAUUUGUUCAAUCUGGUAAAUGUGAAGAACAAUGGCUUUAAAGGCGAAGAAAAGUUUAAGCGCGCUGUUUCGCUAUGCGAUGAGAAACGCUGCCAAGACUGCCGAAGUCGAAGCUAAAGCCAUAGCCGGAGAUUCACUGACUUCCGACACUGGACUAGUGUCAUUGAGUUUAAUGCCGGACUUUCUCUCAUCGCUUAAGUCUUCCGAAGAUUCGUCCAUCACUGGACAAGAUCUUGGAGAACCGGCACUCGCGGGUCAGGUCUCGUCUGCGUUAGAUGUUAAAUCAAUUGGUAAUAGUCUUAUUCAAGAAAGAAAUGGCGAUAAUGGUUUUUCGAAGAACGCAUUGGAAACCUCAGAUAUCCUGCCUAGGAAAAUUGUUUCGUCGCAAAAGCCAAAACAGGCUUCACGUGGUAGGGUGCAGACAGAGAAUUAUCAGAAAAAACAGUCAGAGAUUAUGGAGAAGCUUGCCAAGGGCUGUGUUCGGAAGUUGGGCACUGAGACUAUGUUUGAGGUGUUGACUAAAAUGGGAAAAGAAGCGGGUGAGAAAGAAUACAACGCAAUGACUAAACUAUGCAUAGAACGCGCAAGGAGAAGCAAUGAUGCAGAAUAUGCUCUUGAUCAAAUUGGGAAGGCUAUUGAACAUCUCAAGGAAAUGAGACAACUUGGAUUCUCUAUAGGAGAAGGAGCUUAUGGGCCUUUCUUUAAGUACUUAGUUGAUAUGGAAAUGGUAGAGGAAUUCCAAAUUCUCAAGGAUUUUAUUAAGGAGGCUUGUCCUGAGUCUUGUGGGAGACUUGUCUACUAUGAAAUGCUCCUUUGGAUCCAAGUCAACGACGAAGAGAAGAUCCACAAACUUUGCAAUACAAUUGAUGAUAGUGGGCUAAGUUUAUCAAAUUUACAAGAAUAUUAUUUGGUUGCACUGUGCGAGAAAGACAGUAAGGAAAAUUUUCAGAAGCUGUUAGAGAUUGUCAACAUAACAACAGUAUCUUCCCCAGACGCAUUGAAAAGCAUAUUUGGAUACCUUGGAAAAUUGAUGUUGGAGUCUGUUGCAGUGAAGCUACUUUGGGAACUAAGAGACUGUGAUGGAGUGGAGACAGUUUCAAAUCUCAUAUUCAGCUAUGCAACCUGCAUCCCAAAUUCAUCGGUAGAAGAUGCCAUUUUCAAGUUUAACAAGUUGCAUGAAGAACUAGAUAUCGUACCUUCAUAUACAUCUUAUGAGAAUCUUGUCAGUUAUCUUUGUGGCUCAAAUGAGGUGGUCACUGCUCUUGAUAUAGUUGAAAAUCUGUGUGAAGCAGGUCUGGUGCAAAGAAUCUAUUCAAUAAUGAGCAACAAGAGUGUGAAGCCAAAUAGUGAGACUUUCAGGAGAUCGAUACAUUUGUGCAUAAGAAUCAAAGACUUUGAAGGUGCAUAUACUAUGCUUGGUAAUUUGAAGAAUUUCAAUUUGGCACCGAACUCUAGCAUGUACAAUUCUAUAAUGGCAGGAUAUUUCCGGGAGAAAAACGUGAACAGUGCUUUAAAGGUCCUCAGGGAAAUGAAAGACGCUGAUGUUAAACCUGAUUCCGUGACUUUUAGCUAUCUAAUAAACUAUUGCGGUGAGGAGGCGACUAUUGCGAAGUACUAUAAGGAGAUGAAGAAAGCAGGAGUUGAAGUCAAUAAGCACGUUUACAUGUCCCUUAUUAAAGCAUAUGCAUCAUGCGGACAGUCUGAGAAGGCAAAACAGGUGCUCUUGGACCUGGAAGUUCCGGCUAAGGAUCACAAUGAGCUGAAAAGUGUGCUUAUAUCUGCUCUGGCAUCAAAUGGAAAAAUAACAGAUGCUUUAAGUAUUUAUGAAGAAAUGAAGAAACUCGGCUGCCCCGUAGAGCCAAAAGCUAUUAUAUCUCUUAUAGAUAACUCUGAUUCAAACGCAGAGUUGAGAACGUUGGUUGAACUCACUCAUGAGCUGCGUGAUUAUAAAUUUUGGAUAGAUGGUUUCUUCAAAAUUAUCGUGUUCGCUGUUCGCAACAAUAGAUCAAGCUCUAUUCUCGAUUUGCUAGAGCAGACCAAAAACCACUUGUCCAAGGAUGACAUCGCUGUGGAAUAUUGGUUUGAAGAGGUGUUUAAGUCAAUAGCAGAAACAGAGUCUAAUGAUGUGAAGCUAGGGCUGGACUUGGUGAGUUUUAUGAAAGAAGAGCUUGAGUUAUGUCCUUCAAGAAAAUGUCUAGAUUUUCUUCUACAUGCUUGUGUCAAUGCCAAAGAUAAGCAGAACGCUCUACUGGUUCUAGUAGCUGCAGGAGAUUCGAAAAGUGCAGAGGCAUUAGUAUCAAAGAUUCCUAAUGACGAUAAAGAUGUCAAAUGUAUAGUUAAAGAAAGCCGUAUUACAAGUAUUUUAUGUGUUCACCCCGAGGAUGAAGCCGUUGCCGUAACAGGGAAGAUUGCUGGACUUUGCACAAGACCUUACAGUGAAGAAACCGGGGAUGCCCAUAUUGUUCACCGUCUCACCGCUCCUGCCCAGCUCGAGUACCCGUCCAGGUCACAGUUCAAGGCUACAAUGAUAUCCAGUGAGGACAGGUAUGUUAUCUCGUCUUGGUAACCUUUCACAAAGCUCACCUUAUGUAGGCCUUGAUGAUCCUUUUUAUGUAGGUGCACCGUGCACAUUACUUUAAAACGAUAAAUCAUAUAUUUUCAA